CACCUUAUCUCUCUCUACCUUUAGUAUCUUCCACUUUCAGCUAACUAGAGGGUACGUUUAUCUCUUGCAGUUGAAAGGAUUGAAGUCUUAUAAUAGAAUGAGGAAACCUAGCUGUGACAUCAACAAGAACAAAGGAACUUGGUCCCAAGAAGAAGACCAGAAACUCAUUGAUUAUGUUAACAAACACGGUGACGUUUGUUGGAGUACACUGCCUCAAGCUGCAGGUUUACUUCGGUGCGGUAAGAGUUGUAGAUUGAGAUGGAUGAACUAUCUAAGGCCAGACCUUAAAAGAGGUAACUUUGCUGAAGAUGAAGAAGAUCUUAUCAUCAAGCUUCAUGCACUUUUAGGCAACAGGUGGUCACUAAUUGCUGGGAGAUUGCCCGGACGCACUGAUAAUGAAGUGAAGAAUUAUUGGAAUUCUCAUAUAAGAAAAAAGUUGAUUAGCAAGGGUAUGGAUCAAAAUAAUCAUGGUUUAAACCAUAAAAUGAUCUCUCCCCUUCAAAACUCAUUCAUGUCUAAUAGUUCAGAAUCUUUUGGAUUGAAAGAGAUUAGCAAGACGAGUAAAACUCAAGUUGAGAAUUAUGGCGAAAUCUCAAAUGCUUCAAGUGGUGAAGAUAUUGAAUCAUAUGCCCUAUUGGAUAUAAACCUUGAGCUUUCUCUAUGAGUAUUCCUUCGUCUUCUAUAGUGUAAUAUUGUCGGAAACAAACAAACUGAUUGUGAAUUUAAAUCAUAAGUCGAACUUUUUAUGAUUCACCUUCAUAAAAUGCAUCAGCUGAUGUUAGAAUUGAUCAAAUAUCAUCAAUGAUCUUUUUUAA